UCCUUGUGUAUAUUUGCUCGCCGCCUCUAAGAGGCCGCCAAUUGGUCACUUAAACAUCUACAGUUGCGCAGUAUCAGACCGGACUACGGCCGAGGUUGGUCGGCAGUUUUUCAAGCUCAAGCUAAUUACCUAUUUACCAUUACAAAGAAAGGGAGAGACAGCAACACGACAUCGUAUUCAGGCAUCUGAAAGUCUCUUUCCUGUCGCUCUCUCUCCCAAUUCGAAAAAAGUAAAAGAAUGGCAAUCGCCGGUUGUACUUUCUCAUCGGACCACAUCGUGACAAAGUCGCCGAACGAUAGGCGAUUAUACAGAUAUAUUCAACUCUCCAAUGGCCUCUGUGCUCUUCUAGUUCACGAUCCUGAGAUUUACUCCGAGGGCGACGGAGCGCCGGAUGGUGCCAAAGGCCGUCAUAUAUCCGACGCCGACGAAGACGACGACGAAGCCGAAGACAGUGAAGACUACGAAGAUGAUGAUGAAGUUGACGACGACGACGAAGACGAAGAAGAAGACGAGAUUGUUCAAGAUAAAGAAAAGAAAGGUGUUUCUCAGAAAAAAGCAGCGGCUGCAAUGUGUGUUGGUAUGGGCAGUUUUGCGGAUCCUUGUGAGGCGCAGGGUCUAGCACAUUUCCUAGAACACAUGCUUUUCAUGGGAAGUACUGAUUUUCCAGAUGAAAAUGAGUAUGAUAGUUAUCUGUCAAAGCACGGGGGAUCAUCAAAUGCAUAUACAGAAACAGAGCAUACCUGCUACCAUUUUGAAGUUAAUAGAGAGUUUCUCAAGGGUGCCUUGAGAAGAUUCUCUCAGUUUUUCAUUUCACCUUUAGUGAAAGCUGAAGCAAUGGAGAGGGAGGUGCUAGCGGUUGAUUCAGAAUUCAAUCAGGUAUUGCAAAGUGAUUCCUGCCGCUUGCAACAACUACAAUGCCAUACAUCUACUCCUGGUCAUCCAUUUAAUCGAUUUUUUUGGGGGAAUAAAAAGAGCCUGGUUGAUGCAAUGGAGAAAGGAAUCAAUUUGCGGGAACGGAUUUUGAAUUUAUACAAUGAAAAUUAUUAUGCAGGAGCAAUGAAACUAGUUGUAAUAGGGGGAGAGAGUCUUGAUGUACUUGAAAGUUGGGUGAUUGAAUUAUUUAGCAGUAUCAAGAAAGGUAUUCAUACAAAGGAAGUGUCCGUGCCAGAACUUCCUAUCUGGAAAGCUGGUAAACUUUACUGGUUAGAAGCUGUUAAAGAUGUUCAUAUCCUUGAUUUGUCAUGGACAUUGCCUUCUCUCAGACAUGAGUAUUUGAAGAAAGCUGAAGAUUACCUGGCUCAUCUCCUUGGGCAUGAGGGCAGGGGUAGUUUGCUCUUUUCUCUAAAAGCUAAAGGCUGGGCAACAUCUAUUUCUGCUGGUGUUGGGGAUGAAGGAAUGCAGCGUAACACAAUGGUCUACAUUUUUGGCAUGUCCAUACACCUCACUGACUCUGGCUUGGAAAAGAUCUUUGAGGUUAUUGGCUUUAUUUAUCAAUAUAUCAAGUUAUUGCGUCAAGUUUCGCCCCAAGAAUGGAUUUUUAGGGAACUCCAAGAUAUUGGAAGUAUGGAUUUCCAAUUUGCCGAGGAGCAACCUCAGGAUGAGUAUGCUGCAGAGCUUGCAGAGAAUCUGCUUGUUUAUCCUCCAGAUCAUGUUAUUUAUGGUGACUAUACUUACAAACUAUGGGAUGAGGAGAUGAUAAAGCAUGUGUUGGAUUUCUUCAGGCCUGAAAAUAUGAGAGUUGAUAUAGUGACUAAGUCAUUUAACAAAUCACAUGAUGUCCAAAAUGAGCCAUGGUUCGGUUCAAAGUAUGCUGAGGAAGAUAUUCCAUCUUCUUUGAUGGAAUUAUGGCUGGACCCUCCAGAAAUUGACAUGGCUUUGCAUCUUCCUGUGAAGAAUGAGUUUAUUCCAGUUGAUUUUUCCAUUCGAGCAGAGAGUGCAUCUGGUAAGCUUGCAGGUGUGUCUACCCCAAAAUGUAUUCUGGAUGAGCCACUGAUCAAGUUUUGGUACAAGCUUGAUAAGACUUUUAAGCUUCCUCGUGCAAAUACGUAUUUCCGUGUCACAUUAAAUGGGGGUUGCGAUAAUCUGAAGAAUGCUCUGUUGACUGAAUUAUUUGUGCUUCUUCUAAAAGAUGAGCUGAAUGAGAUUGUGUAUCAGGCAAGUGUUGCAAAAUUAGAAACUUCUGUGUCGUUGUAUGGGGACAAACUGGAGCUAAAGGUCUAUGGUUUCAAUGAUAAGCUUCCAGUUCUUUUGUUCAAGGUUUUGACAAUGACGAAAUCAUUUUCACCAAAGGAUGAUCGUUUUAUGGUUAUUAAAGAAGAUAUUGAGAGGACUUUAAAGAACACAAACAUGAAGCCUCUGAGCCAUUCAUCUUACUUAAGAUUGCAAGCAUUGUGUCAGAGUUUUUGGGAUGUAGAACAAAAGUUGAGCUUGUUGAAUGAUUUGUCCCUUUCUGACUUAAGGGCUUUCAUUCCAGAUCUUCUUUCCCAGCUCUAUAUUGAGGGCCUUUGCCAUGGCAAUUUAUUGGAAGAAGAAGCAGUUGUAAUAUCUAACAUUUUCAAAAGUAACUUCUCUGUACCAGCACUCCCUGUUGAGAUGAGGCACAAGGAGUGUGUAAUGUGUCUCCCUUCUGGUGCUGAUCUGGUUAGAGACAUCAGAGUGAAAAAUAAACUGGAAAAGAACUCUGUGGUUGAGCUAUAUUACCAGAUUGAACCGGAACUGGAGUCUGGGUUGACCAAACUGAAAGCACUAGUAGAUCUGUUUGAUGAAAUUGUGGAAGAACCACUUUUCAAUCAGCUCAGGACAAAGGAGCAGCUUGGUUAUGUCGUCGACUGUAGCCCACGUGUGACAUACCGCAUAAUGGGGUUUUGUUUUCGUGUUCAAUCUUCUGAGUAUAAUCCUGUGUACUUGCAAGGGAGGAUCGAUAACUUCAUAAAUGGCAUAGAAGAGAUGUUGGAGGGACUUGACAAUGAAUCUUUUGAAAAUUACAAGAGUGGUCUGAUGGGAAAGCUUUUGGAGAAAGAUCCAUCUCUUUUGUAUGAAACAAAUCGUUUUUGGGGUCAAAUAGUUGAUAAAAGGUAUAUGUUUGACUUAUCCGAGAAGGAAGCAAUGGAACUUGGAAGCAUUCAGAAGGGUGAUGUUAUUGAGUGGUACCGUACUUACUUAAGGCACCCUUCUCCGAAGUGUCGGAGGCUUGCAGUUCGGGUUUGGGGCUGCUACACUGAUUGGAAUGAAGUCAAUACACAACUAUCAGCUGCGCAGCUCAUUGAAGACCUGGCAACUUUCAAGAAGUUAUCUGCUUACUAUCCAAGCAUGUGCUGAACUUCUUGUUUUGCCUGGAACUUAAGAAAAGAGGCAAGCAAAUGGACCUCUUACUGUGUUUAGAGUAGGCCAGAGCUGUUUCCUUUGAUUCUUUUUGUUUUAGUUUUGAACACAAAUAUUUAGUUCUAUUUAGUUAAUAUCCACAAUGGAUACUAAUUUAUCAUUUUGUACUUUUUCAAAAGUAAACUGUUCACGGUUGAAAUACCAGUUACAAUAAACCCAUUAGUCUC